ACAUCUCUAAGAUGACUCGUUUAGGCUUCAAAACAAAGUUUAGGACUUGAUCCUGACUCAGGACAUGAUUCAGGAUUUCUUAGUUCUGGCUUCUGUAUCGACCACUAACAUGAGAUUUGAGAAACUGUGUUUUUGUUAUAUUUGUUUCUUUCUUUCCUUUACAGAGAGUCUGAAUGUGUAAAAUCAGCUGAAUCAGGAACCACAGACAGGAAGACAACAGGUGAAUCGGAGAACACAUCUCAGGUGAGGAGACUGUAACACCUGACUAACACCACCAGAGGGCGUGCUGAUGUCACAGUAAGUGUGUGUGUGUGUGUGUGUGUGAGAGAGAGAGAGAGAGAGAGAGAGAGAGAGAGAGAGAGAGAGAGAGAGAGAGAGAUGGUCUGCACUGAGCGCGCUCCAUCUGCUCUGUGCUGGACUCUGAUUAUAACAACAAACUCUUUUUUUCAGUCUAAAAAUUAAUUUCACACCAACGGCGUUUCUCCUCCACGUGAGGUGAUGAUGACGCUGCACUGAGUCAUGUGUGUGUGUGUGUGCGUGUGUGUGUGUGCGUGUAUGUGUGUGUGUGUCUGUGUGUGUGUGGUUUGAAUGAAUCAGGGACACUCUCUUCCUCCUCUUCCCUCCUUCCUCCUCCUCUUCUGUCGUGACGUUCGUUCAGGAGGAAACACCACAAACAGUCCUGAGAUAUUCUGAGAGACUUUACUCACUGUGUGUGUGUGUGUGUGUGUGUGUGUGUGCGUGUGUGACUCACAGGGAAAUACCUCUGUGGACGGAGGGAGGGAUUAAACAGGCAGUGAGGUAUAAUUACAGUAACUGAGUAGAGAGGGAGAGUAGAAUGACCCUGCACACAGUCAGCUCGCAGCUCCAGACCACCAGGACCAGAGAGGACCAGAUCCACCAGGACCAGAGAGGACCAGAUCCAUUAAGACCAGAGAGGACCAGAUUCACCAGGACCAGAGAGGACCAGAUCCACCAGGACCAGAGAGGACCAGAUCCAUUAAGACCAGAGAGGACCAGAUCCACCAGGACCAGAGAAGACCAGAUCCAUUAAGACGAGAGAGGACCAGAUCCACCAGGACCAGAGAGGACCAGAGAAGACCAGAUCCAUUAAGACCAGAGAGGACCAGACUGAGAACUACAGGUCCAGAGAACCACAACCACCGGGACCGGAGGGUCUGAGAACCAGAGCCUCAGAACUGCGGCACAGAGAUCUAGGACUGAGUAGGAACCAGAACCCCAGCCAGCUCUGACUGAGGACUGAACUCUACUGCUGCUGCUGAACUCUUUGUGCUUCUAUUGUCGUCACCUCCUCAAACAUCAGACUCUACUGGAUUCUACUGAGUUGGUGACGAUUUGACUCUGAAGGACAGGCUGCAAGUGCUUCGACUCCUGCAGAGACAAUUGCUGACUCUACUGAAUCUACUGACUCUACUGAUUACACUGUCAGUGUUGGAGUGACAGUCAGAGCCCAUCAUGUCUCCUCUGUUUGCAGUGUUCUUUUUCGUGGCCGUCAGCCUUCUCGUUAACGCCUCUCCACCGGUCUCUCCUGCUCCUGAGGUCGACAUGGCAUCUAGACUCCAGGAGGGGGCGUCGUCCUCCGACUGUCCAUCCUGUUCUCUGUCUCAGAUGAGGAGGAACUUGUCUUCAUCAGGAGGACAGAGCGAUAUGGUGGAGGCCGUGAAGCGUCACAUCCUCAACAUGCUGCACCUGAGCACCCGGCCCAACCUGACGCAGCCAGUCCCUCGAGCAGCACUGCUCAAUGCCAUCAAGAAGUUGCACGUUGGUCACGUGGCUGAGGACGGCAGUGUGGAGAUCCAGGAGGACGGCCGAGGUCCUGGGGCCCCGACACCACUUGAGCCACCGUCUGAAAUCAUCACCUUUGCAGAGCCAGGUGACUCUCCUGACGCAGUGACCUUUGACAUUUCGAAGGAGGCUGGCAGUUUCUCAGUGGUGGAACAGGCGAACAUCUGGAUCUUUCUGAAGAUGUCGAAAGGAAACCGAAUGAAGGGAAAAGUGAUGCUGCGUCUGCUGCAGCUUCAUCGUGAGGAUGAGGAGGAGGAGUGUGUUUCAGAGAAGAUGGUGGACACUCGUCGCAGCGGCUGGCAUACCCUCGCCGUCCAUCGCAGUGUUCAGACCCUAUUGGACGGAAGCAGCUGCUCCCUCAGCCUGAGGGUUUCCUGUCCACUGUGCGCCGAGGCCGGAGCUUCACCUGUCCUGAUGCCCACCAACGGCGAGCGGGCCGCAGGCCGAGAUCAAUCCCACCGGCCGUUCCUCAUGGUGGCGCUGCGAGCGCGAGAGGAGGUGACGCAGCGACGAGUCAAACGAGGUCUGGAGUGCGACGGGAAAAUCCAUGUCUGCUGCAAACGACAGUUUUACGUUAACUUUAAAGACAUUGGUUGGAACGACUGGAUUAUCGCCCCGUCAGGUUACCACGCCAACUACUGCGAGGGCGACUGUCCGAACCACAUGGCGAGCCUCAGCGGCUCGUCCCUCUCUUUCCACUCAACGGUCAUCAAUCAUUAUCGUAUGAGGGGCUACAGCCCGUUUCAAAACAUCAAGUCAUGCUGUGUGCCGACACGGCUGCGCGCCAUGUCAAUGCUUUACUACAACGAAGAGCAGAAAAUCAUCAAGAAAGACAUCCAGAACAUGAUCGUGGAGGAGUGUGGCUGCUCGUAAACACCAAUAAAGACGUUACAAAACACUUUGAAAACCAUCUUUCCCAGUAAAGAUCAAGUAUUUAAGUUUAGUGACAAAGCAUCGUAUUUCUUAUUGGGAGAGACUCUUUUCCACAUUGGAACAACCUGAGAAUACUAUGCAACGAAUCCUGCAAUGUCAAACUUUACCUGUCUACAUUUCUAUGUGUGCUUCUAUUGUUUUCUAGAAAACACAAGAGAAUCAUUUUUAAUAUGUUCUACUGUUUACUGAAAGUUCAACUUGUGUAAAAAAUCUCUGAUGUCGAGAUACUUGAAAGAAAUUUGUUCAAACAGCUGCUUGAGCCAAACAUUAUUACAUUAUUAUUAUUAUUAUUAUUAUUAAAAAUAAAUAUGAUGAAUUUUGAUUAGAAUUUGCACAGUUAAGAACAUUCGAGCAAGUUUUGCCUCAGCUUCAGUUUGAGCUGAGACGUUUCAGAAGAAAGCCAAAGAGUCGACACUGAAGAUGAAGUUGAUUCAUUUUACUGAAAUAUCAACUGUGAGUAAAUGAAUUAAACUGUGUAUCAUUAACGAGCUGUGAGUUAAUUAACUACAUGAUGUGUCAUUAACAAGGUGUGAGUAAAUUAACUGUACAUGUGUCGUUAAGAUGUGAGUUAAUUAACUAAAUGAUGUGCCAGUUAACAAGGUGUGAGAUAAUUAACUAAAUGAGGUGUUGUUAAUGAGCUGCGAGUAAGUUAACAAGACAAAGCUGUGAGUAAACUAAAUGUUCAUUAAAUCAGCAUGGCUGAUUUUAAAUUAUUGAACUGGUGACAGUUUUCAUCAGUUGUUGCUUCUUUGUAAAACAAUAUGAAAUGUUGAUGAAAACUUUCUAAGUUAUUUUUGUUGUUUUGUUUUACUUCAUCAUUAAACAAUCAACUGUCAGUUUGAGCAUUUAGUCUCUGAGUUUUACCUUCAGUCCACCAACAGACUGCUGAAGUCUCGAUUAACACAUUGAACAUGUUCACUAAAGAGAAACUACAAGUUAGGCUUAGAUCAUUAAAAAGUUUCUGUGACUCAUAGAUGAAGCAGAGUUCAGGCAGAGCAGCAACGCCAAACAGCCUGAGAUCAGAUUCCUGCUCCUCAGAGGAUUUAUCUGCUACCAUUCAGAUAGAUAAAUCAUCUUCAGCCUGUAGGAGGCGCUAACACGAUUUGUUCAGAUGAAAUCUGAACUUGUUUUUGUGUCUGAUGAUUCUCAUGCUGCAGCUGAUGAGUUGUGUCCUUAGGGUUUUUAUCGUCUUUACUGACUCAGGUCAGUCGGCCUGUCUCUCUGUUCAGGUGAGAUCAGGAUCAGGUCUGAGCUCUGCUCUGCUUUCACGCAUCCACAAAGGCCAACAGAGUGAUGAAGAAACCA